AUGGGCAUCCCCAUGGACGAGAACAUCCACGCCCCUACUGUCGCCUCCGGACCAACGUCCGGGGGCACUCCCUACGAUGCAUCUAAGCUAUCCAUGCCGAAGUUGAUGCAGGAGAAGGAACGGAUUGAGGAGGAGCUGAGUGCGCUGAGCAGCGUCCUCACCACCGUGAGAGCUACCAACCCCGCCUUUGACACUGUUGACCAACUGACACUUUUGGAUAUGAAGCAUGGUGUUAGCAUGAAAUCGUCCCUUACAACUUUCGAUGGAUACCCGCGCGACGACAUUGACAUCGCCCAAGUCCGAACGACCCGCGUCCGCAUGAUUCACCUACAAAACGACCACAAGGAAGUGAUGAAGUAUCUAGAGAAAGGUCUUCAUGCCCAUUUUGCCCAGUUACAAAAUGCGCAAGGUAUUGCGACCACGAAUGGAUCUAGUGUGCCGUCCGCUGCACCGGUGACAGUUGCGGCCACUCCGACCAGCAUUGCAGAUGCGGGCACGCUAGGGACACCCUUCGCCAAGGUCAAUAGCGUGGAACCGAACAGCCCAGCGGCCCAGGCAGGUCUCAAGGCUGGGGAUACUAUUCGAGGCUUUGGUGAUGCGAAUUGGUUGAAUCACGAGCGACUGUCCAAGGUUGCCGAGACCGUUCAGCAAAACGAAGGGCGUCCUGUGUUGGUCAAGGUGGUAAGGAAGAACGAGAGUGGAUCAGGAACAAGCUCAUUAGAUCUGCAACUUCCCCCCGGCGCAAUUGGGGAGGUCGAGGACUGUUGGGGUGCCAUCUAG